AUGGACGAAGAUUCACGCACAAUUUGGUGUGGAAAUUUGAGUAACAAAUGCACUGAAGAUUUAUUAUACGAAUUAUUUAUACAAGCAGGACCUCUGGAAAAGGUAAACAUCCCAAAAGACCGCGAUGGUAGCCAAAAAUCAUUUGGCUUUGUAACAUUUAAGCACAUGGUCUCGGUACCUUACGCUUUAAAUUUAUUCGAAGGGACAACGCUGUUCAACCGCGCUCUGAUGCUCAAGAACCGCCAGGUGAACGACCCGAAGGGUGUCGUGAACAAGUUCAGCAAUGACAACAACGUCCUGCAGUUUGGAAACCAGCCGCUGGAGAAUUCAAUAGCGUACAACAUAGCCCGAAACAUGCUUCCUAUGUUCACGCCUCCCGGGAUGGGCAUGUACCCCAGCCAAAUGAACAAUUUUCCCUCGAAAGACGACAAUCGACGUGGCCGUAGUCACCCUUACAACCGCGACAGAGAACGCGAGCGUGAUCGAGACAGGCAGGACCGCUCACACCGCAACCAACACCACAAAAAUGAUCACAGAAAUCAACGACAUUAUCACAAUCGCUCUCGCAAUACUCGUUAA